AUGGAAAAAUGUUCUCGCGCCGCGGGCCCGCAGUUUUUUCUACCACACGACGCUAUACGUCGACCAGACAGUACCACGACCCAAACCAGAGUCGUCUUCGAUGGCAGCAGCAAGUCUCAGGGCCAACUGUCGAUUAAUGAAGUGCUCUUCACCGGACCAACGGUGCAGCCAGCAUUACUUGCCGUGGUGGUAAACUUCCGGAUGCCGAAAUUCGUGUUUAAUGCCGACGCAGAAAAAAUGUUCCGGCAAGACUCCUUGCUGGCCUUGAGAAUCUAUCAACUAAAGACAGUAACGUACGGACUCGCCAGCUCCCCCUAUCAAGCAGCCCGUGUACUCAACAAACUUGCGGAGGACGACGGUAACAAUUAUCCGCUUGCUGCACCGAUUGUCACAAAGCGAUUCUACGUCGAUGACGUGCUUGCCGGAGGUGACCAUCUGGAGGAGGUUGCCGAAGCUUGUCGGCAGCUGCAGCAACUUCUAGCACGAGGAGGUUUCACGCUAAGGAAAUGGAGCGCAAACGAUGCAAAAGUGCUGCAGCAUACUCCUUGCGAGCUUUGGGGAACAUCUACUCAGACAGAGAUUGGUCGAAAUACGGUAACAAAGGCACUCGGGCUAUUGUGGAACCCAACCACUGAUCAAUCCGGAUUUCAGGUUCCCAUGUUUAAGGAUAUAGACGUCGUCACCAAGCGCAUAGUGGUCUCAGAAAUGUCCCAGCUCUUCGAUCCGCUGGGGCUUUUGGGACCUGUGAUAAUCAGCGCCAGGAUAUUCGUUCAGGGAGUUUGGGCGAACUUGGGUGUGACUUGGGACGAAGAGCUGCCUGAAACAGAAAGUUGCUGA